AUGGAGCAAGUGAAAAUGGAUCAUGACUCAAAAUCAAGUGAUAGUGAUGAAGAAUGUGAUAAAAAAUUGAAACUAUUCUCAGCUAUAAUAAUCGGAAAUUUAAAAGUGGUACAGAAUUUACUGACCGCUGGUGUAAAAACCAAUAUAGUUGACAAGAAUAAUAAAGACAAUACGCCUUUGCACUACGCCACAGAGAAAAAUAAAAAAGAUUUGGUGAAGGAACUUUUGCAUCCAAAAUGGAAAACAGAUAUAAAUGCCAGAAAUAAAAGGGGCGAUACUCCAUUGCACAUUGCAGUUUCGAAAGGAUUUGAAGACAUUGUGCAAAUAUUGUUAAAACACAAUGCAAAAGUUGAUGUUCGCAAUAACAGUGGUAGCACAUCUCGGGAUGUUGCCGGGAUUAUUAAUAAUGAAAAAAUUACGCAAAUGUUGUGCAAAGUAUAUUAG